UGAAAAUCGAAAAAGCAAACUGGCUCAAGUCUCCAGAAAACACUCCCGGCAGAGACAUCAGAAUAUGGGGACACUGCAACUCUGCCUUUAAGGAGAGAGGGAAAAAAAGUUUUAUGUCUGGGUCUGAAAGCUUUCUCAAAGCCACCCAGAAUCAGGUCCUGCCAUUUAGAGUCUGACCAGGAAACGGACCCCAUCCGCUUUCCCUCUCUCCUUUCAUUCCUUCCCAACCCUAAAAAGUUUCUCCCAACUUACUACUCUUCAUGAUGGUCUCUAGUCUCUGCCCCGCUUGUCAUGAUUCCCAUAAAACUUCCAGCAGCAGCAGCAGCAGCAGCAGCAGCAGCAGCAGCAGCAGCAGCAGCAGCAGCAGCAACAGCAGCAGCAGCAGCAGCAGUAGAAACACAGCAGCAGCAGCAGCCUGGGCUAUGACUGCAGCAGCUCCUCGGUUGCAACCUCCUCCUGCUCUUCUACUUUGCCCGAUGGACCUCGAGCAUUACGUCAGUUUCAAGACACCAACACUAUUAAUAUCAAAGGAGCCUUCGCAGAGGAAAGCGCCACCCCAGCCUGAGCUCCCUUAAAGAGACAGUACCGCCGUCCCCGCCGCCGCCGCCGCCGCCGCCGCCGCUGCCGCCUCCUGCAACUCCUCCUCCUGAGCCCAAGGCAGCAUCCGCUGCAGCCGCCAAGGGGGAAAGGACGGCUUUGGAGCAGACAAUUAUUACGAGUU